AAAUUUCAGAUUCGAUCAUGCAUCUGUCUGCUUUGGAACCCAAAAUGGAGAUGAUCAAAGCCAUCCUCAUCCUGGACAAUGACGGCAAAAGACUAUAUGCCAAGUACUACGACCACAACCUCGCGUACGGAAUCUCGGGAGCACCUCUUCCUCCCACGCUGGGGGGAAUUUCUAACCCCCCUCAGGGGGAGUUUGAGAGAAAAUUGUUCCAGAAAACUUACAAAGCCAACUCUGAAAUAGUGAUGUUGGACAAUAACACUAUUGUCUACAGAAGUACUGUCGAUGUGUUCUUCUACGUGAUUGGAAGCAGCGACGAGAACGAACUCAUUCUGUCGAAUGUCCUCAAUUGUCUGUACGACAGCGUAGGUGCAAUAAUGAAGAUAGUGGAGAGAAGUUCAAUUAUGUCCAACCUCUCGUCAGUCAUUCAGAUCAUAGACGAAAUUUGUGACUCAGGAAUAGUCCUCGAGUGCGACCACACCCUAGUGCUAUCCAGAACUGCAAUCAAGGGCGCGGCUGCCGGCGGUGAAGGGGCUCCAGGGGAUCUUCUGGCGGGAGACCAGACUGUUAGCCAGGUGCUGUCAAAUGCAAAAGAACAGCUCAAAUGGUCCCUGCUUCGAUGAGCCGAAAUAACUGGACUAUAAAUAAUGUAAAUUAAUCAUAUCUGAAGAGUUGUUUUUCAUAGUGUUCGGCUCCGUUGAGAGUGGUUAUGUGACUCAUUGGUAUCUGUGAUUUACCUACCAUAAAGGUCAAUUAAAAUAAAAACUGAUUAGUAGAAUCAUGUUUCACUCGAGCAAAUUAAAUCCGAAACAAUUGAUCGCAAAACUAUGAGCCACUUUAUCAUGUGAUAUUAUGUUAUAGAUGGGUUAAUAAAUUUGGCAAUUAAAUUUUUUAUAUUGCCUUGAUUUGUAAAUGUCACUGGGGCUAAUUAUAUUGAAGGUGUUAUAAAUCGUAGCUAAUAAUUUGAAAGUUUUCAGGAACAGCUUUUCAAUAAUU